CGGAUGGACGUUGGAGUCUUGUCCUCCACAAACAGAUUACUGAUAUAUUUGUGAGUGAAAUCGAAAGUGGGACAAACGGAAAAAAAUGACAGAAGGAGGUGGAUAUAACAAUUCAGUACAAGGCUCCGAUGCAGACUUUGAGUACUCGUGCACACCGUGCGGUGAAGAAGGCAACGAUGAAAAAGCGUUGAAGUACUGUCCGGAGUGUAAAGAGUAUCUCUGUGCAGCGUGUAUAAAAUGUCAUCUUAAAUUUUCUGCAACGAAGAAACACACGCUACAUGACAAAGAAUACAAACAUUGUGAGGGAGAUUCAGUUGAGACCAUAUCGGAUAAGGAAAACAUGUUGAAAUGUCUUUACCAUUCAGACAGGGAUAUCGAAAUUUAUUGUGGUGAUCAUGACAUGGUGUACUGUGCUCUAUGUGUUGCUAAGGAUCAUAGGCAAUGCACUGGAAUACUGGAACUUAAAGAAGCAGCUAAAAGGGUUUCUAUCGAAAACAAAGACAUCAUAUUGAGUAAAGUCGACUCUUUGCAAGCUGAAAUACAGGUAACAACAGAGAAGAAAAAAGUAAAUCUGAAUACACUAGAUAAGGAAAAGAAUGAAAUUUUAAAAACCAUUAAAGACACGGAACGUUUGAUGAUUGACAAAGUCAAAGAACUAGCAUUUGAUGCACAAGCAAGGGCUUGUAUUAAAUAUAAUGGUUUAAAGGAAGAACUGCAAGAAGAAUAUUCUGUUCUUUUGCAAGCUUUUACUGAAACUACUGAAUUAAGAAGUAAAGUUAAAAACAAAGUGGACCUAGAUGAAAAACGACAAUUUGCAAGACACAUUCUGCAAAAACAUAGUAUGGCUGAACUAGUGAAUAAGUACGAUAGCGUAGAAAAAUAUGAAAGGAAAAUGAAAUGGUUUAAGAAUGAAGAAUUGAUACAAUACUUGUCAGCAGCUGAUUGCCUUGUUCAGGUUGUUGGAAGUAAAACCAGCUUUAAUAUCAAAGACAACCCAAUUCUCAAAAAAUCACAGAAAGAUAUAACCAUAAAAGGAAAUGGAGACAAACAGACCGUUAGCAUAAAUGGAAUAUGCCAGCUUUUUGAUGGUACAAUUAUACUAUGUGAUCGCGCAAAUAACAAGUUGAAAAAACUGAAUGAAAACUAUAGCAUUACAGAAGAAUUCAAAUUAGUAUCUAGUCCAUCAGGUAUUUGUUUAACAGGCAAAACUGAGGUAGCAGUUAAACUCAAAGAUCACACUUUAUUGUUUGUUUCGAUUAAGGACAAAUUUAAUGAAACACAUUUCAUAAAAAUCCAGGGCGGUGACACUGUUGGUAUUGCUUCCAUUUGCAACGAAAUUUGGUGCUUUACUGGAACUGACAUUAAGGUCUAUAACCGUUGGGGAACGAUCAUAAAAACCUUCAAUAAUGAAUCAUUUGUAGGAACAAUAUUCAACCCUGUUGGGAAAGAACCCGUACCAGUUGCAACAGACGGUGCGUUUAUAUAUGUAUCAGAUUUAGGUAACAAAGUUGCAUGUCUAGACAGGGAAGGAAACGUAUGGUCGGUUAUGGAAAGUAAACGGUUGAGGUUAGUAAGAAAAGCUUGUAUUGCUUCAAAGGAUAUUAUUUGUAUCGCAGGGUACACCUCGGGUAAUGUUAUGAUGUUCGAUGGAAAAGGUAAAUGCUUAGGAGAAUUGGUAGAUGGUUUAAUGGAACCAGAUUCUCUAUGCUACGAUAACAAGAAACAGCAGCUGCUUAUUGGGUACAGAGAUUUGAAUAUAUUGACAAUUAUCAAAAUAGAUGAAUGUUUCUAGGAAAGAUAUAAAAGUAAUUAAAAAAGAAAUUAAGAAUUGACGUGUUAUGACUUAUAUACAACUUUUGUCAGACGUCAUGGAAGUACUGGAUAAGAUAAUCCCAGAUAUCACCACCAAAAGGAAAUACUCUCUAAAACAACCCGAUUCAACAAUAAUAGACGCUCCCGCUUUGUUCCCCUACUGAGCAAAAUGGAACGAGGCUGUCAAUUAUAAUCAAAAAGAUAAAUUUUUGCUUCGUAUUACUUUGUAAUGUUUUCUAUGUAUGUGAAGUGAAAUAAAAGAAAUAUAGCAAAAUCUAUAAAUGAAAUAUACAUAAGUAAAAGAAAAACAAUGAUUAUGAUUUGUGCAGAAGCUAGAUGCCUGUUUUCUGAUCAGUAUUUGUAAACGUUAAAAUCAUAAUUCGUCCAGAAUCAUUCUAAUUUUUAUGAUUAUAAAAUUGUUUUUAAAUAUAUGCACAAUAAGUUGUACCAAAAAGUGACUUUUACUAGAGUAAGGCAUCGAUACUUAUUAUAUAUGGUAUAGGGGCAAAUAAAUACUUCUUAAGACAUAAGCAUAAAUACGCAAUCACUAAGACAGAAUGUAAUUAUUAUUACAUACUUUAAAUUCUAGA